CAACAUCCCACGAGCUUACACCUGCAUCGUCAAACUCCUCUUUUAUCCUCAUCUCUGCAACUCUACUCUCCAAUUAUUUCUCCUGUGUCUUCUCCAUAUAUACCUUCUCACUCUUACACCAAACCCAUCAUCCCAUUCCAUCUACUUCUUCGAGUCCAUGGCUCUAGAGACAUGGCUAAUCAAGGUAAAGAAGGCGAUCUCAUCCAAUAAGACUUCCAAGAACUCUAACCUCGGCGUAUUAGCCUUCGAGAUCGCCGGACUUAUGUCGAAGCUCAUCCAUCUAUGGCAAUCCCUCUCCGACAACAACAUCGUUCGACUUCGCCAUGAAUCUAUAUCUCUUGAAGGAGUACGAAGAAUAGUAUCCAACGAAGAUGCUUUCCUGUUAGCCCUUGCCUGUGCAGAGAUGCUUGAGAACGUGAGGGUUCUAGCCAAGUCUGUGUCUAGUCUCAGCAAACGCUGCAACGAAGAUUCGGGUCUCCAAUGUUUCGAUCUCUCAUUCGAAGAUUUUGCUAACACGGGUCUUGACCCGAAUGGUUGGGUAUUGAACUGGAAGGAGAUGGAAUCCAAUUUGAAGAAGAUGGAUCGGUACGUGACUCUAACUAUGACCCUCCAUAAAGAAAUGGAUGAGGUUUCGGAUCUGGAGCAUGGGUUGAAGAAAUUGACCAAAGAGAAGAAGAUUAUUGAUCUUCAACAAAAGCUCUUUUGGCAUAAACAAGAAGUGAAGUACCUCAAAGAGAAUUCUCUUUGGGAAAGAAGCUUUGAGUCUGUUACAUUAUUGCUUGCAAGGUCAGUGUUCACAAUUCUACAAAGAAUCAAGCUUGUGUUCGCGGUCGGACCUGUAAUCCAUGGUCCAGCUACGGUUCACCCUUCUGAAACUACUACAUGUUCAGGACCCUUGUUGGAGUCCAACUCAAAGCUACUAAAGCCACCACCAAGUACCUUAGGAGAUGCAGGGCUGGCCCUACACUAUGGGAAUUUGAUUAUUGUGAUAGAGAAGAUGAUCAGAUCACCACAUUUGGUUGGUAUUGAUGCGAGGGAGGAUCUCUAUGCCAUGUUACCUAGUAGUAUUAGAGUAUCAUUGAGGGCUAGAUUGAGAGGAGUUGGAUUUUCGGCGGGUGAUCCAGUACUUGCCGGCGAGUGGAGAGAUGCACUGAGUAAGAUCUUGGGUUGGUUAUCACCUUUGGCUCAUAAUAUGAUUAUAUGGCAGAGUGAACGUAGCUUUGAGAAGCAGAAGUUGAUACCAAAGGCAAGUGUUGUUCUUCUUUUUCAAACGCUUUACUUUGCAAAUCAGGUGAAGACAGAGGCUGCCAUCACUGAGCUUCUUGUUGGGCUUAAUUAUAUUUGGAGGUUUGAGAGAGAGAUGAACGCCAAGGCCUUCUUGGAAUGCUACAACUUAAAGAAUUUGCAGAGCUCUGGUUAAGGUCUGAGAGAUGAUUUUUAUUUUAAUUUUUCUAUUGGUCGGAUAUUAAUAUGGAAGAUAUAAUUGUAAAUAACAUUUUAUGAGUAUUUCAUAACCAACUUUUAUGGGGUUUUUUUGGUUAGUUUUUAGAUAAUUAUAUUUCCAUGUCUCUGUGAGUUGCAAGAUGAAAUAGUGAGAAAUAAAUUUUAAUUUUAA